AUGUAACAUUCCUUGCAUCAUUUUCGUUUGGUGAAAACUUUCCCCGUAGCAUUUUUUUUUUUUUUUUUCUCUCCAAAAUCUCUCUUCCUAUGGCCUCAAUAGUUUCCCCACCCCAAAAGACAGUGGAUAUUCAGCAAAACAAAAUGAUAAGCAUCAAAGAACUUGCAGAAUCAGGUGGACUAACCUCUGUCCCUUCUGAAUACACUUUUGCCUCAAAUCCCAAUGACCAAGCAGAUCAAAAUGAUCCUGAUCAUUCAAUGCCCACCAUUGAUUUCUCUCUUAUCAUGUCCACCUCUCCUGAUCAACGCUCCAAAAUCCUGCAUGACCUACGCAAAGCUUGUGAAGAAUGGGGUUUUUUCAUGGUGAUCAACCAUGGAGUUCCUGAGAGUCUUAUGAAAAACAUGAUUGAGGUUUGCCAGGGUUUCUUCAAUCUACCAGAGGAGGAAAAAAAAGUGUACCAAACUAGAAAUUUACUGGACCCCAUCAAGUGUGGAACGAGUUUCAAUGUUGAGAUUGAUAAGGUUCUUCUGUGGAGGGAUUUUCUCAAAGUCAUAUCACACCCUCAGUUUCAUUCACUUCCUAAGCCAGAAGGAUACAGUGAGGUUUCAUUGGAGUUCAGUAAGAGAAUCAGAGAAGUAGCAACAGAACUACUGAGAGCAAUAUCAGAGACUUUGGAAUUGGAGGCUGACUACAUAGAGAAGAGCAUGAAUUGGGAUCAAGGAUUACAAAUCCUUGCUGCAAAUUACUAUCCAGCUUGCCCAGAUCCAGAAAAUGCAAUUGGAAUACCUCCUCAUACUGAUCAUGGCCUUUUGACCAUCCUUAUACAGAAUGACAUGGGUGGUCUUCAAGUACAACACAAAGGAAAAUGGGUCAACUGGAAUGCUAUCCCAAACUCUUUAGUGGUUAACCUUGGUGACCAUAUGCAGAUCCUGACGAAUGACAAGUACAAGAGCGUCUGGCACAGAGCUGUUGUGAACAACAAAGCUCCAAGAAUAUCAAUAGCAGUUCCACAUGGACCAUCACUGGAAACGGUAGUAGUCCCAGCACCAGAACUGGUGGAGAAACAAGGCCAACCCCCGGCUUACAAAGGAAUAUCAUACCAUGACUUUUUGGAUCUUCAGCAAAGCGCCAAAUGCUACAUGAAGUCUUGCCUGGAUGCAAUCCGACUCUAGACGACGACUAUAUACACCUGCCAUUUUCUUAUCAGGAUAGUCCUGAUACAAAUAAAUAUGCAUCAUCUAAUUAAUAAAGUUAUAGAUUCUGUCAUAUAUAUAUAAAUAUUAUUGCAUGAUUUCUCGUAUUAUUGAGCCUAAGCGUUUUGAAAUUAAAGAUUAGAAAUUAUUAUAUUGAAUAUUUUAGCUGUUUCAAUAACAUUAUAUAGUCUUUCUCUUCCCAAAAAAAGAAAUCAUCACAUAUGUUUUUCUUUUUUUGGAUCAAUAUUUCAAUUGGGAUUUUAGAGACAGAAAAGUUUGGACUGUAGACUUAAAAGUAUAUUCUAUAAAAACCAUAUGUGAUGAGUUUGGUGAUCCAAUGUUUAG